UACCAAGAUGGAAAUGCAGGGGCUCUGCGAUGCCCCGAACAUCCACCCUCAACAUGGCGCCCUGCGCAGGACCGCCGCCUCGUCCCCGCUGCGGCCGGGGGCGGCCGGCGCCCUGCCGCAGCUCAUUUUCACCGACGGUGACGCGGAGCCGCACAGCGACAACAACAACAACAGUAGCAGCAGCUCCAGGCCGAAGACGUCGUCGCCAUGUCUGCUGCCGCUGGUGGAGCGGGGCGCUGCGGCCGCAGACAUGGCCCCGGCGGGGACCCCGCCGUGUCUGCGGCCGCAGCGCGGGGACGGAGCCCCGGCGCCGCCGGCGCAGCCGCCCGCGCCCGCCCGCGGCGGGGCGGCGCCGGGCAGCAGAUCAGACGGACCCCAGCAGGAGCUGUAUGUCGUGUUCAACGUGGUGCAGGAGGAUGGAUCCGUGGAGGCGGCCAGGGCGGGGGGACCCGCACUCCCCAGGGACAAACGAACACGAGGAUCUUUCAGCUCCGUCAUGGACGUGGGGGACACCGGUCCCGCCGGCAUCUGUGGAUCUAGCGACGCCCUGAGCUGUCUGGACCCGCUGAAGAAAGAGACGGCCAGCCCCGCCGUGGUCGGCGCUAACAAGCCCCCCAUCUACCCCAGCUCCAUCGAAGACGUCGUUCUGACCAACAAGUACGGAGAUAAGAUCUGUGGGCAGAUCUGCGCGGAGGGCAGUGACAUUCGUCUGGGCAGGGAGCUGGCGUCCCCGCUGGCUUCUCCACUGGCGUCCCCGCUGGCGUCCCCGCUGGGGCCCGGGGCGGCCGGGCUGCAGGACGCCAUGUCCGGCUUCAUGUCGGGCUCCAGGGGUCUGCAGGAAGGCCCGGCCUCCGCCUCGGCGGGCCCGCCGGCGGCCGAAACCUUUUCCGGGACCAUCACCAUCAACAACCAGAGCAUCGUGGUGACCAUCGAGAACGGGGUCAUGACCCUGGCCGCCCCGCCGGAGGGACACGUGCACAAGGAGGACGACAUGAUCAGCCUCAAAGAGCACCUGGGCAUGAAGGACCACGAGGACAUCGUCCUCCUGAACUAUGACGGCGGUACCAAGUCCAUCGGGAAGAUCAGCACCCUGGCGGUCACCAGCCCCGGCCGGCAGGACGAGCCCAGACCCGGCAUGUCCGUCAGCGACUCCGAGCUGGCUCUGGUGGACGACUGCUCCCUGUCGGAGCUGGGGCCGUCCCUGGAGGGCUGUCCCGUCAUCAAACAGGAGGCCGGGGUUCUGUGUGCCGUCACCGAGGCCGACCUGGUCAACCCACCACCCAGGGUCACGGCGCCGGACUGUGACAGCGAGGACGUCAACUCUGGGCUCAUCUGGUCAAAGAAGGAGGCGGUGGCGAGCUUCGGCUGCUCGGAGCCGGGCUGCUCGUGCACGUUCGACUCCCGGCAAAAGCUCAAGGUGCACCUGCUGAACCACGCCGAGGACCCGCGGCCGUACCAGUGCACGGUGGAGGGCUGCGGCUGGGCCUUCACCACCUCCUACAAGCUGAGGCGCCACCUGCAGUCCCACGACAAGCAGAGGCCUCACACGUGCCAGUUCGAGGGCUGCGGCCGGCGUUUCACCACCGUGUACAACCUGAAGGCUCACGUCAAGGUCCACGAGCAGGACAACGCCUUCAUCUGCGAGAUCUGCAGCGAGAGGUUCCGCAGCGCCACAAGACUCACCAACCAUCAACGGCUCCAUUUCGAGCCACAGAGGCCCCACAAGUGUGAAUUCCCAGGCUGCGAGAAAACCUUCAUAACCUUCAGCGCCCUGUUCUCACACAAUCGCACUCACUACAGAGAGACUGGCCACUUUAGCUGCAGCUAUCCGGGCUGCGAGAAGACGUACGACAAGGCCUGCCGCCUCAAGAUACACAUGAGGAGUCACACCGGUGAGAGACCGUUUGUCUGCGACUCGGAGGGUUGCGGCUGGUCGUUCACCAGCAUGUCCAAGUUGCUUCGGCACAAAAGGAAACACGAGGAUGACCGGCGUUUCGUCUGCAAAGAGGAGGGUUGUGGGAAGUCCUUCACCAGGGCCGAGCACCUCAAGGGUCACAGCGUCACACACCUGGGGACCAAGCCCUUCCAGUGCCAUGCAGAAGGCUGCAGCGCCAGGUUCUCGGCACGCAGCAGUCUCUACAUGCACUCCAAAAAACACAAGCAGGACGCCGGCAGCCUGCGCACCCGCUGUCCCGUCAACAACUGCUCCAAGCACUUCUCCACACGCAGCAGCCUGAAGAGCCACAUGCUCAAACACCACCACCUCAGUCCUGAUGUUCUCAGUCAGAUGGAGACCACCCCCAGUCUGACCCCCAGCAACGAGCUGAUCAGCUCCACCCCGACGACCAUGGCGGGCCCCGGCGUUGCCGUGGGCGACCAGCUGAGCAACCUGGACCUCAGCUCACUGUUUUCUGCCGUCCCCGGCGGCGCGGCGUCCACCGCCGGCAUGGGAGUGGGAAUCCCCAUGGCCAUGGACCUGGCUCUGGUCAACUCGGGCAUCCUCACCAUCGACCCGGCCUCCGUGGGCACUGCGCUGGUGGCCGGGGCCGGCACCGCGCUGGCCAAGGCCCUGGACCCGCUCAUCAUGACGGCCGGUGCUGACAUGACCCCUCAGCACGGCCUGGAGGGAACGGUGGGGGACGUCCUGCCCCCGCAGGGGACUCUCAACCUGGACGACGUGCAGACGGUCACCCCGGAGGCCUUGGGGACCCUCACGGCCCUCGGCCUGCAGGCCGCCGGGGCCUCCGUGGACGCUACGCUGCAGCACCCGCUCAGUUCCUCCAGCGCCUUGAGCGCGGAGCCGCCGGCCUCCCUGGCGGGGGCCCCCGGGGCCGAGCUGCUGGCGUCGCCCUCUAAGGCGGCGGAGGUGGUGGGGGGCCACGCAGGCGCCGGCCCCCUGCUGGGCUGUGUGGAGGUGCUGGGUUCCCAGGAGGGAGGGAAAGUCCUCACACAGUUUGUUUUCCCCAGUCACGGCAGCAGCUUCAGCCCUCAGAAAGAUGGCGAGCUCACGGCCGUGUCGCCCAGCAGCUUCCUGGAGAGUGGAGGCUCCGCCCGGACGGACUACCGAGCCAUCCAACUGGCCAAGAAGAAGAAGCAAAGAGGCUCUUCUGCGUCACCUGGAACGUCGGGCUCCGCCCAGAGGAGGCCGAAGGGAACGAAGACGGCAGCAACGACAGCGCCGCUCCCUUCCUCCAGCGGCCGGUACGGCGAUGGAGCUGUGGCCGCCAACGGGGGCCUGACGCUGCGAGACCCCGUCACCGGCGCUCAGUACGUCCAGAUCCAGCUGCUACAGGACGACCCGGCCAGCGACGGCGACCUGGCCUUCCAGCUGAGCUCCCAGUCGUCCAGCUCUCACUCUCAGCUCACUGUCGACCUGCCUGUCAACAUUUUGCAAGAACCUUCGGUGAUGACAGAAGAUGACAACGGCUCCGACAACUCCCAGUUCACCGGGAGCACAAUCAACCUGCAGGACUUGGAGUGACUGGGAGGGUGAAAGGUCUGCUGCCAUGCCGGGCCCCCCCGGGCCGUGUCCCUCCCCCCCGGAUCACAUCCACCAUGGACGGCUCCAUCCAGCGGCGGCCUCGUCUUGGCCCGGGCCUCUGAAAGCCUUUCUGGACGCGCUCAGUGUUUUAAGUGUAGGACGUGAUUCCACGACCGCUGCACCUUGACGUGAUGCUUUUGAGUUCAGACGAUGUCGUUUGCUUGUGAAGUCCAGUCACGUACCAGAACCGGAGCCCAGAGCGCCGCCGGCACCGGCAGAGCCGCGGCGUGAACGACGCCCGCGUGCGUCCCUUCCACAGUGCCACGUUGCUACUCAUGCACAUGCUGCGCUGCUGACGCUCCAGUUGCCUUACAGGCGCCUCAUGCUGUGCACGCCUUCACAUGCAGAGUAUCUGCUUUAACUGUCGUCAUCUGACUCGUGCUUUAUCCCUGUAAGAGUUAUUUUUAUAUUCCACCGAAAGUCUGUGUGAAAACCCGUCUGUCCAUGUGUUUGUGCCGUAUGAUGAGAGUUGCUACCUUCUUGUGAUGAUUUUGUUAUUUUAUUUAUUAUAAGCGUCUGGUUUACAGAGCGGUGGAGCCAAACAGAGGAAUAAAGAGUCAAAGCACAAUCACAA